AUGGCAGACCGUAAAGCGCUCAACCACUACUAUCCACCCGACUUCGAUCCAUCCAAAAUCCCACGUCGUAAACAAAGCAAAGAUGCACAACAAACUGUUCGUCUCAUGGCUCCCUUCUCAAUGCGCUGCCUCCUCUGUGGCGAGUACAUCUACAAAGGCAAAAAAUUCAACGCUCGAAAAGAGCUCGUUCUUGGAGAAGACUAUUACGGGAUCAAAAUCUUUCGGUUUUAUAUCAAGUGCACACAAUGUUCGGCUGAAAUCACGUUCAAAACCGAUCCUAAAAAUGCCGACUAUGUUGCCGAACACGGCGCGAGCCGCAACUUCAUCCCGACCAAAGAUGACGGUGGAGGAGAGGAGAAGGGGGAGAGUGGAAGACUGUUGACGGAGGAAGAAAAGUUGGAGAGCAAGUUGGAAAAGAUGCAAGCCGAUCCGAUGAAACAGUUGGAAGAGAGGACGAUGGAUAGUAGGAGGGAGAUGGAGAUUCUGGAUGCGCUGCAGGAUAUAAGGACGAGGAAUGCGAGGUUGGAGAGGGUGGAUGCUGAGGCUGUGUUGGCGAGCUUGCAUGGUGGUGGUGGUGGUGGUGGUCUGAGAAAAGCGGAGCGUGGAGCGGGAGGAGGCGAAGAGGGGAACUUGGAAGAGAAGGAGAGGCGGAAGGCAGAAGAAGAGGAUGAAGAGUUGGUGAACAAGUACUUUGGUAAAGCGUUGGACUCAAACGGCGGCGAUAGUAGAUUGAAGGUGAAAAGGAAGCUGGAGAAUGAGACCGAGGCUGAACCUGAUGUGCAUACUUUGUUGGCGAUGAAAGGUGCGGCGGUUGCGACGGCACCGACACCAUCGUCAAAGAAGAAGAAGAACGGACGUAAUGCACUUGGCCUUGUUCGAAAGAAGAAGUAA